UCACCAGAUAGACCGUUUUCCCGAACUGCGGAAUGCAGUCGCGCCAUCGCUACAAAUUCUGGCGAACAGUCCCUCACCUCUGCUCAGACCAAGAAAUAUAGCUUAGAGAUGGCGGUUUCGUUUUCGCCUCUGCAUUUCAAGCCUUCAUUCUCCUUCUCCUCCUCUCCCCUUCCCAAAUUUUCCUGCUCCAUUCGCCCUGCCGUCAUCCUUCCUGGUUUGGGGAACAACUCCGGGGACUACGACAAAUUAAGGCUUAUUUUGCAAAAGCGGUACGGAGUUCCCUCCGUGGUUGUUAAGGUGUCGAGAAUCGACUGGCUGAGGAAUGCUGCUGGAUUGCUUGAUCCUAAUUACUGGCGCGGCACUCUCCGGCCUCGGCCUGUCCUCGAUUGGUAUUUGAACAAAACUGAUGAGGCAAUCCAAGAAGCCAAGGAGCUUGCUCAAGGCGAGGCUUUGUCCUUAAUUGGGCACUCAGCAGGCGGGUGGCUUGCACGAGUCUACAUGGAAGAAUUUGGUAUAUCUCAUAUUUCCAUGUUGCUGACUCUUGGAACCCCUCACCUGCCACCUCCAAAACAUUUGCCAGGAGUGAUUGACCAGACGAGGGGGCUUCUGAAUUAUGUGGACAAAUACUGCUCAAAACCUGGUUACAAUCCUGAAUUGAAAUAUGUAUGUAUAGCAGGAAGGUACAUCCAAGGGGCUCGCUUGUUCAGUUACUCUGAUGCAAACACCAUUCCUGCAGCUGCUUCCAUCACCAACAACCAACCAGCUCCAGAGUUAACCAUCGCAAACACACCCACAUUCCGCGCUCGCUUCGUCGGGCAAGGAUAUAAGCAGGUGUGUGGGGAGAGUGAGGUAUGGGGAGAUGGGGUGGUUCCAGAAGUGUCUGCCCAUUUGGAGGGAGCUAUCAACGUUAGCUUUGAUGGAGUCUAUCACUCCCCAGUUGGCUCUGAUGAUGAACUCAGACCCUGGUAUGGUUCACCCUCUAUUCUUGAUCAAUGGGUUCAUCAUCUUCUCAAUUAAUCUUCUUGCUCACCCCUUUCAUUAUCUGUCUUAAUUGACUCACAAAUCAAUAAAUUUAUUCAUUUUUCCAUU